AUGGAAAGUGCUGCUCACCAAUCCUACUUCCAUAUAUACCUGGCUAUGGAGCAGCAAAUCCUUUCAUUUCCAGUCCUUUUAAGCUUUCUUCUUUUCAUUUUCAUGGUAUUAAAGGUGUGGAAGAAAAACAAGGACAAUCCAAACUCGCCUCCGGGGCCAAGGAAGUUGCCUAUCAUAGGCAACAUGCACCAGCUAGCUGGUAGUGAUCUGCCCCAUCACCCUGUAACAGAAUUGUCAAAAACUUACGGACCAAUAAUGAGCAUUCAACUUGGCCAAAUAUCGGCCAUCGUUAUUUCUUCAGUAGAAGGAGCCAAAGAAGUGCUGAAGACCCAAGGUGAGCUGUUCGCUGAAAGACCUCUUCUCUUGGCAGCAGAGGCAGUGCUUUAUAAUCGUAUGGACAUUAUAUUCGGUGCAUACGGUGAUCAUUGGAGGCAAUUGAGAAAAUUGUGCACCUUAGAGGUGCUUAGUGCAAAACGAAUCCAAUCAUUCAGUUCACUCAGACAAGAAGAACUUUCACAUUUUGUCCGCUUCGUUCAUUCCAAAGCAGGAAGCCCAAUCAAUCUUUCCAAGGUGCUGUUUGCUUUAACAAAUUCUAUCAUUGCAAGAAUCGCCACAGGUAAGAAAUGCAAAAACCAAGAUGCCCUCUUAGAUCUUAUCGAAGACGUUAUUGAGGUAUCUGGAGGUUUCAGCAUUGCCGAUUUAUUUCCUUCGUUGAAAUUCAUUCACGUCAUCACUGGUAUGAAGUCUAGACUGGAAAAAUUGCAUCGGAUAACAGAUCAGGUACUUGAAGACAUCGUCAAUGAACAUAAAGCCACCAGGGCAGCCUCCAAGAAUGGUGGUGGUGACGAUGAUAAAAAAGAAGCCAAAAAUCUUCUAGAUGUUCUUUUGGAUCUUCAAGAAGAUGGAAGCCUUCUUCAAGUUCCUUUAACCGACGAUAGCAUCAAAGCAGCCAUUCUGGAAAUGCUUGGCGGUGGAAGUGACACAUCUGCAAAAACCACAGAAUGGGCAAUGUCCGAGAUGAUGAGGUACCCAGAAACAAUGAAAAAAGCACAAGAAGAAGUGAGGCAAGCGUUCGGUAACGCGGGAAAGAUUGAUGAAGCACGCAUCCAUGAGUUGAAAUACUUGAGGGCAGUUUUCAAAGAGACUUUGAGAUUACAUCCCCCGCUAGCGAUGAUACCGAGAGAAUGCAGGCAAAAGACUAAGAUUAAUGGAUAUGAUAUCUAUCCCAAAACUAAAACGUUGAUCAAUGUAUAUGCAAUCGGAAGGGAUCCCAAUGUUUGGAGUGAACCUGAGAAGUUCUAUCCGGAAAGACAUCUUGAUAGUCCAAUCGACUUCAGAGGCAGUAACUUUGAACUAAUUCCAUUCGGUGCAGGGAAAAGAAUAUGUCCUGGCAUGACAUUAGCUAUAACUACUGUGGAGCUGUUUCUCGCUCAUCUUCUAUACUAUUUUGACUGGAAGUUUGUUGAUGGAAUGACGGCUGAUACUCUUGAUAUGACUGAAUCCUUCGGAGCUUCAAUUAAAAGAAAAAUAGAUCUCGCCCUGGUUCCCAUUCCCGUCAGUCCUUUACCAUAA